AUGUAUGUCUGCAAAAGAGACGGUCGUAAAGAACCAGUAAGAUUUGACAAAAUCACAGCCCGUGUUUCUAGAUUAUGUUACGGGCUGGAUUCUAACCAUAUUGAUCCAGUCAAAGUCACUCAAAGAAUUAUCUCUGGUGUUUAUGAAGGUGUCACUACUAUCGAAUUGGAUAACUUGGCUGCUGAAACUGCCGCUUACAUGACUACUAUCCAUCCGGAUUAUGCUACUUUAGCCGCUAGAUUGGCCAUUUCUAACUUACAUAAACAAACUACUAAAUUAUUUUCUACUGUUGUUGAAGAAUUGCGUAAUUAUGUCAAUCCAGAAAAUAAUAAAUGGGCUCCUUUAGUCUCUGAGGAAUUAUACGAAACUGUUCAGAAACAUAAAGAUGAAAUCAAUUCUGCUAUUGUUUAUGACAGAGAUUUCCAAUUCAACUAUUUCGGUUUCAAAACUUUAGAACGUUCUUAUUUAUUGAAAAUGUACGGUAAAGUCGCUGAAAGACCACAACAUAUGAUUAUGAGAGUUGCCUUAGGUAUUCACGGUGAAGAUAUCGAAGCUGCUCUAGAGACUUAUAAUUUAAUGUCUCAAAGAUAUUUCACACAUGCUUCUCCUACAUUAUUUAACGCUGGUACUCCACGUCCACAAAUGUCAUCUUGUUUCUUAGUUGCUAUGAAAGAAGAUUCUUUAGAAGGUAUUUUUGACACACUAAAGGAAUGUGCUAUGAUUUCUAAAUCUGCUGGUGGGUUAGGUGUUCAUAUUCAUGACAUUCGUGCUACUGGUUCUUAUAUUGCUGGUACUAAUGGUACCUCUAAUGGUUUGAUUCCCAUGAUUCGUGUUUUCAAUAACACUGCUCGUUACGUCGACCAAGGUGGUAACAAGAGACCAGGUGCUAUUGCUUUAUUCUUAGAACCAUGGCACGAUGAUAUUUUUGAUUUCAUUGAUAUUAGAAAGAAUCACGGUAAAGAAGAGAUCAGAGCUAGAGAUUUAUUCCCAGCUUUAUGGAUUCCAGAUCUAUUCAUGAAACGUGUCAAGGAAAACGGUGAUUGGACUUUAUUCUCUCCAUCUGAAGCUCCAGGUUUAUCUGACGUUUACGGUGAUGAAUUUGAAGCUCUAUAUAAUCGUUAUGUUGAAGAAGGUAAAGGUAGAAGAACUAUCAAGGCUCAAAAAUUAUGGUACUCUAUCUUAGAAGCACAAACUGAAACUGGUACUCCAUUUAUCUGUUAUAAGGAUGCUGCCAACAAAAAAUCUAACCAAAAGAACUUGGGUACUAUUAAAUCUUCCAAUUUAUGUUGUGAAAUUAUUGAAUAUUCUGCCCCAGAUGAAACUGCUGUUUGUAACUUAGCUUCUGUUGCCUUGCCAGCCUUUAUUAAGAAAACUGAUGAUGGCAACUCUUUCAUUUAUGAUUUUGAAAAAUUACAUGAAAUUACUAAAGUUAUCACUCGUAAUUUGAAUAAGGUUAUUGAUCGUAACUACUAUCCAGUUCCAGAAGCUAAAAACUCUAAUAUGAGACACAGACCAGUUGCUUUAGGUGUUCAAGGUUUAGCCGAUACUUUCCAAAUUUUACGUUUACCAUUUGAAUCAGACGAAGCUAGAGAUUUAAAUGCUCAUAUUUUCGAAACUAUGUAUCAUGCCGCCUUAGAAGCUUCCUGUGAAAUUGCUGCUGUUGAAGGUCCAUAUUCUACUUACGAAGGUUCUCCAGUUUCUCAAGGUAUUUUACAAUAUGAUAUGUGGGAUGUUACCCCAACUGAUUUAUGGGAUUGGGAUUCUUUGAAAGCCAAUAUCAAGAAGCAUGGUGUUAGAAACUCUUUAUUACUUGCUCCAAUGCCAACUGCUUCCACUUCUCAAAUUUUAGGUUAUAAUGAAUGUUUCGAACCAUUCACUUCUAAUAUGUAUUCUCGUCGUACCUUAUCUGGUGAAUUCCAAAUUGUUAACCCAUACUUAUUACGUGAUUUAGUUGAUUUAGGUAUUUGGGAUGAUGCUAUGAAACAACAUUUAAUUACUGACAAUGGUUCUAUUCAAAAAUUACCAAAUAUUCCACAAGAAUUGAAAGAAUUAUACAAGACUGUUUGGGAAAUUUCUCAAAAGAAAAUUAUUGAUAUGGCAGCUGACCGUUCUGCUUUCAUUGAUCAAUCUCAUUCUUUGAAUAUUCAUAUUCAAGCUCCAACUAUGGGUAAAUUAACAAGUAUGCAUUUUUACGGUUGGAAGAAAGGUUUGAAGACAGGUAUGUAUUACUUAAGAACUCAAGCAGCAUCAGCCGCUAUUCAAUUUACAAUUGAUAAGAAGAUUGCUGAUCAAGCUGGUAAUAAGGUAGCUGACUUGUCUAAAUUAGAUAGACCAGUUUAUAAGCAUCGUCCAUUAAACUUAACAGAUGUUUCAUCUAGCGCUGUUGAAACUGUUACCAGUUCUAUUUCAGCCAAGUCUGAAGUUCAAAGAGAAAAUUCUCCUCCUGUAUCAUUACAAAGUUCUGUAUCUGAAGGUGUCAGUUCUUUAUCUAUUUCUGAAUCCCAACCAAUAACUCCAGUUGAAUCUGUCUCAAAUAUGGAAGUUCCAAAGAAAAAUACUGAAGUCACCCAAAAGCCAAAGGCUGGUGAACCAGAUUUCGAUAUUUACAACUCUAAAGUUAUUGCUUGUGCUAUUGAUAAUCCAGAAGCUUGUGAAAUGUGUUCUGGUUAA